AUGACGUUGAAAAACAACACACUAACCACUGACGGUUUGACGGAAUUGGGCUUUUGGUCCCGACAUUGCGCAGCAGGCGGGAUGUCGGCUGCUGUGUCUAAAACCGUCUCAGCUCCCCUGGAUCGCAUCAGAAUGCACAUGCAGAUUACCGACGUCGGUGGUUUUCGAACGGCAGUCCGACACGUUUACAACAGACAAGGAGUACGCGGAUUUUGGCGUGGUAAUGGGCUAAGCGUGCUCAAGUCAUCACCCGAGUUUGCCAUGAAGUUUAGCGUGUACGACUACACGAAACGACAGCUAAAGGCAUCCCGGAACGACGGCCACUUGGACGCCCGCGACAGGUUCUUGGCCGGCGCGAUGGCUGGUGUUUUCAGUCAGACAUUCUUGUACCCGCUCGAUAUUGUAAAAACACGCUUGAUCGUUGGCAAAUACACAAAUAUCACAGACGUGGUGGUCAAGACUUACAAAAACGGAGGCGCGUGGGCAUUCUUCAAAGGUUUCUGGCCCAGUACGCUAAAUAUUUUCUUGUUCACUGGCAUUGAGCUUAUGACUUACGAGCAUAUCAAGGAAAAUUAUUCUCAUUACUACGAGAAGGACAACUACCUGAGGUUGAUUGUUAACUUUUACUCGGCAUUUAUCUCCAGCACUGUAGGUGUCGUGAUUUGUUAUCCGAUAUCAACGGUCAUUACUAGACUUCAAGUCGAUGACGGACGCUCUAGUGGAACGAUGAUAGUGUCGGAAAAAUGUAGCCGGCGGCGGCCGUUUUCGGCCAAUGUCUUCUGCAGCGGUCAGCUCCUUUACAGAGGUAUCACCGGCAGUAUCGUGAAAAUUUUGCCCACCUCGUCCAUUGGCUACGUGAUCUACGAAGAGUUGUGCAAGUCGUUCGGCGUGCGGAUGUCGUGA